AUGCACGCACAAGCCCCGGCCACCCACCACGCCAAAACCCGGCAAUCAAGCACGCCUAACCUGCUCAAGAAACCAGCACCCCGGCCGCCGAGCACCCACAAGCCAAUAAGGACGUCCAUCACAAACCCCGCCGCCAUGCACGCCUAUGCCGCUGAAAACGUCUGUGCCCCUGCCGGUAAGCACGGUAAAGCCACCGGUGACUCCCACACCCCGGAUGCCAAGCUACCCGAAGCCGGCGCCGGAGUCCAUCUCCUGCACAGGGCCGAAGCCGCCCCCGAUCCUCAAGGACUGGCGGUGCUCAAGACUCGGCCGAUGGCAAGGGGAAGUGCAACGGCGGCAGCAGUCAAAUGGCUAUCAAGGCGACGGUGGAUGCAUGCAUGGGACCUAACGGUGGUGCUGAUUCGGCACGAGUCGGUUGUGUCGACGGCAAGGCCUUGGACAGAAGGGAGUCCGGGAUAUUGGCGCAGGAUGGCCGCGACAACUGGAAGCGUUCCCGUGACGAAUCAACGGAGGACGCCUCGGCGGCAAAGCAAGGCAGCCGGGGCAUGA